AUGGCCAAGGCUUGUAUGCAUUUGGUAUCUAACCAUCCACCGUUGUACUCGGCGACCGAGUCGCAGGAAUGGAAGGCGUUUUUGCUUCGUCCUUCGCUGAAGCUGAUGCUAUCGUUCAUGCACGGUAUGGCGCGUUCGCAUGAGGCAAGUCAACGUGCUCUCGCAGAAAAGACUCUGCACAUACUGCAUCGUCUGGAACAGGUUGCGUCGGACAAUUCGAUAGGCACCCUUGCGGAGAACGUGGUGGAAGCGUUGAAGGAGAACAAGGAGGUCGCUGCUCAGAUUGAAAAUGUCAGGCAAGAAACUAGGCAAAAGAAGCGCCAAAUGGCCAUGGCCAUGCGUAACAAGCAAUUGCGCGAAAUGGGUAUGCAGAUGGGCAAAUCUGGUGAAGUCAAAGUAGCGCAUAGACGUAUCGCGAACGAACCCGUCCUGGAAGAUGUACUCGAUCCGCUUGCUUCGUGUUGCAUCUGUCGUGAACCACUGUUCCAGGGAACACGGGUGGCAGCUGCUUAUGCAUUUGCAUCGCCUAUACCUGGCGAAUCCCGUGUUCCACAGCUUGCUACUGUAAGUCAAAUGGUCAUGGUCCACAUUGACUGCCAUCAAAAUGCUAUUCGACGAAGUGGAGGUGGUCGAAAUGUGGAUGAAUGGACUAAGGCCUCGUUGCACAAUGCAGGUGCCAAAUGCAACGUAUUAACCCCUAUUGCCAGCGGAACUGCCAGCGAAGCUGAUUGGACCGCAGCUGUGAAUAGGUACCAAACCGAUCUCGAAGUCGCUGCUGCAGUUCCACCUCUAUGUCGAGCUAUCGUCUUCGUCGACAUUUGUGAGCUGAUUGACAAAUUUGUGUUCUUUAGGUCGUUCUCUGAAGCCUCGCAAGGAGGAGGAAGGGAGUCGAAUGCCCAAUAUCUGGCCGUUCUUCAUCUGCUUGCUCUGUCCCUGCCUGCAGAUGAUUUACCCACCAUUAAUGCUCGACAUCGGGUCGUCUCCUUCCUUAUGACCGAACUUACCCUUGAAAGUUGGCGUGAGCAGCGAAUUGAUGUUUUGCGCGCGGCGCUCUCAGACUGUGCAACUGAGGGCCAUGACAGCUCUUGGAAUACCCUGCGUCCGAUCUGCCUGACUUGGGCUUUUGUAGAUCUGUACUUCACUGACGUUAUCCCGAUCGACUCCGAUGAUCGUGUAGAAUGGCUGCAGUCGCAUCUUCUAGAUACGAUACGCAAAACAUCGACUUUUGUCAAGAAAUUCGAUGAAGAAGUCGCACCCUUACGCACCCUAGAAGCAUUUUGCGAAAAAAUGGGUGAGUUGAUCUUGUGUUCGAAAAGUUACCAAGAGUUUAGUAUAACGCUUGACAAAGUGCUUACAGUGGUUAUAGCCGGUGGAGCUGUGACUCUGUCAGUGGGACAACAUUGCGCUGAGAUAGUCUACACAAAUUGCGCAAAAUUGCCGUGUUUUCAAGCUGACAACACUUGCGCGUAAAA